AUGCGCCAAACUGUCUUCAUUUCAGCUGUGGCGAUAUUGUGUUUGUUGUCGUUGGCAUCGAACAUCUUGUCCAUCUUUAAGCUUGAGAUCCUCGUUGCAGGAGCUCGGCGCAGAGACUCUUCUCUGACACGAGGUUUGUCAAUUGAUUUUGGACGGCCAAGACAAGGUGAUUAUGAAGACGGAAUCAGUUCAGAGAUAGCAGCAACUCGACCACACUGCGGCGAUGCGAAGAAAUGCUUGGUGGACAAUGACGAUUAUAUCUACGGCAAUGCAGGAUCAUGGGAUGCAGCCCCCAUCGUGGUCGAGUCGCAUAAGCUUGUCUUUUUCUCAAUCCCAAAGGCAGGAUGCACCACGUUCAAGAUGCUGUUCCGAAGAAUGAUGGGCAAGAAAAACUGGCGAAGUCAAGACGGGCAGGUUUUUCUUCCCCACAAUCCACGCUUCAAUGGACUCAGGUACUUACAUGAAUAUACACUUGAGGAGGCCAAUGAGAUCAUGACAUCACCCAACUAUACCAGAGCAGUAUUUGUUAGAGAUCCAAAAUUGAGAUUCUUGUCUGCUUUCCUGGACAAAGCACUGAGCAAUGGCGGUGACUACAUCAAGAAAAAGUGCUGUCCUGCAGGCGAUUGCAUUGAGGCAGCUCAAACACUUGAGGGGUUUCUUGAUUUGGUCAAAUGGUGUCCAGACGAACACUGGAAACCCCAAAGUGAGAGGAUGGAGGCAAAGUAUUUUCAAACCAUUGAUUUUGUGGGACAUUUGGAGAAUGCCCACAAUGAUACCAGGCGGUUGCUUGAAAGAAUACAUGGUUGGGAGGAAUUUGGAAAAUUUGGGUGGGGAAAGGGAGGGGACCAUUCAAUUUUUCAGAGUCCCAGAGAUGCUGGUGGGCAUGCUACAUGGUCUCAGUGGGAAAUAUGGAAGUGGUACAAUCAGAGGUUGGAAAGAAAAGUUGAGAUCUUUUACUCAAAAGAUUAUUCCAAUCCACUCUUUGCUUUUGAGAAGAAAAAUUUGGUUGCCUACUGA